AUGUUGGAAAAGGUUUUACUCCUGCUCUGUUUGUCAUCUGCUUUGGCACAAGAGCUCUGUGUGCCAGAUGCCUCAGAUGGCUACAAAGUUCGACUCAGCAUCAAAAGUGCCCUGGGAGAUAACGCUUAUGUUUGGAACGAAAAUGAAAUGUUCCUUUUCCGAUCAAUUCUGGCUUUUGCCAUGAGGAGUCACUUCACCGGGCAGCAUUUUGACAUAUCCAACAUUAUUGUGUGCGAUGAGACUCCCAGAGUGUCCUUCUGGUUUGUGGUGACAUCACCCACGAAUUCUUCAGUCCUUAUUGAGAAAGGGGAAGUGGAGCUGGCUGUAAGACAGUCCAGGUUUCGCAUCAACAGCGCCUUUCUGCUGACUGAUCAAACUCUGGAGUUCCUUGGCAUCCCUCCUACCCUGGCAACACCAUUCAACCCCGACACCCCUCCAUGGCUCAUCGUGUUUGGCGUAGUCAUCGGUGCUGUGGGUGCUGGCAUCAUCGCUCUGCUCGUGUCCUCCGUGGUCCAAAAGAAACGCAAGAAGAAUGAGAAAACAGAAGAAGACGCCGUUUAUGAAGAGGCACAGGUGAACACGAUGGAAAAUGGCACUGUUCAUGAAAGCCGGAAUGGUGUUUAUAACAUUUCAUUCUCAGACGAUGAGCGAUUGACACAUAUGUAAAAUGCUUCAGUAAAAACUCUUCCAUGUAAGCCAUAAGACGGGAGAAAAGGAUUAUUAAGCUGCUCCAUGCUGAUUUUUG